AUGGUGUUUGUCGGUGAAAGGCGAUGUUUCCCGGUGGUUGUUGAGGGUAAUGGUUUGAAUUUUGGGGUAUUCAUGGACGAGAUUGAGAGAGAGCAGAUGGUUGUGUUAAUGGUGGAUGAUGAUGAUGAUGGUUGGAGAGUCUCCCCCACUGUUCCCUUGUUGGUUAAGAACCUUGAAUGUCCUGUCUUAAUAGGCAUCUCUCACGGCUUGUUUUGUUUUUACGGUGAUUAUCAACCCGGAUGCAGGGCUGUUAUUUGGAAUCCUAGUAUUAGAAAAGCAGUUGAUGUCGUUGUGCCUCGUGUGACAUACUAUAACCUAUAUAGAUCCGCUUUAGGGUUUGGGGUUUGUAGUAAGACCAGCGACGCUAAGAUUGUCACCAUCACACAUUCUCAAAGCGGUAUUAUUGAUAUGGAAAGCGUAAACCCUUGGCAAGUUGAGGUGUUUACAUUAACCACAAGGGCUUGGAGAAGUCUUUAUAGCGACAAUCUCCCUCGUAAAUCAGUUAAGCAUUUCAAGUUACCGGUAGUGGUAGAUGGGUGUCUUUAUUGGCUUGCUCAUAAUUGUGAUGGUAUUACCGUGGAUGAUGGUACAUUUACGACUGAUUUGAUUAUCUCCUUUGAUCUGACAAGUGAAGAAUUUGGAGAAGUAAACCUUCCGGAUAGUUUAGCCCACCCUCAUUGUAGUUUGUCUAUGCAUAAGCUAAGGGAGUCCCUUGUUGUGGUUGAAGACAAUAGACAAGUUUACCAUCUAUGGGUGAUGGAGGAUGGUGUUCCAAAAUCGUUUCAAAAGCUCUUCACUAUGAGCAUUCACUCACCAGGUGUAUCGAUAGUUUGUCUAAGGGGAUUUAUGAAGACAGGUGAACCCUUAAUUGAAUUACGAACUCAUCCUGGCAACACAAGAAUACUUGCUGCUUAUGAACCCUACUCUAAUUCCAUCAAUAAUCUUAGGAUUAAUGUAAGAAAAGGUUUAUAUUAUUUUGUGUAUUCCUACACGGAAACGCUACUUUUGCUUUGA